AUGUACAUGUAAUGAAAGGAGGAUGUCUGAAAGAGACUGAGUUGGCGAAAACCGGAGGCGUCAGACCAAAACCACAAACUGCUUAAUUUUGACGCGGCUUUUAUAGUUUUUUUUUACCCUGUGGAUAGCCUGUACUAGAAGGUUAUGUUUUGAACUUAUGUGUUGGUUAGGUUGUAUUGAAAAAAACUAUUGGUUACAGUGUAUGUAUACAAUAUACGUAUUUUCCAUUUAUUUUCCAAUUUAAAAAAAAAACUUUUGUUGGACACCUUGGUAUUUUUGUUGACAUCACGUGGCAUCUGAGCUGGUCAUGAGAAAAUCGACGGACGCGCGCCCUUUUCGGUGGUAAAGUCAUUUCUGCUUGUCAUAGUUUACUGGACAAGCACAUUUCACUUGCUGUCAUAGACCAUUGGGGUCAGUUUUUUUUUAUCUUGCGGAACCACUUACCGACACAGAAUCUGACGGACAAUGCUUCAAAAUGGUAAGGAAAAGGAAAAAUCUUUGGAACCGCCGAAGGCUGAGUCAGAACUUGACUCCCCAUCUGAGCCUCUAACCCAGCCAGGACCCACUGACAUUUCAGAGCCAGUGGCAAGUGACACGGAUUCCACACACUUUCCCAUGCCAGUUCAACCCAAAUUGGAGAUAAAGCGAAAUGCAGUAACAGACGAUUAUACGAUCUCCAGUCAGGUGCUUGGGUUGGGGAUCAAUGGGAAGGUUCUGGAGUGCACAAAUAAGAAGACGGGGGAGAAGUGCGCACUGAAGAUCCUCUAUGACAGUCCUAAAGCCAGAAGGGAGGUUGAGCUACACUGGCGGGUGUCGGGGGGGCCUUACAUUGUUCGCAUUCUAAGUCUGUACGAGAACAUGCAUCAUGGAAAGAAGUGUCUGCUCAUCGUCAUGGAAUGUAUGGAAGGAGGUGAACUGUUUAGCCGGAUCCAGGCCCGAGGGGACCAGGCAUUCACUGAGAGAGAGGCCUCAGAGAUCAUGCGGGAAAUCGGCACGGCCAUUGACUUCCUCCACAACAUGAACAUCGCACACAGAGACAUCAAGCCUGAGAACCUGCUCUACACACGUAAGGACAGUAGCGGCACUCUCAAACUGACUGACUUUGGCUUCGCUAAAGAGACCAACAUACACAACCUUCUGCAGACCCCCUGCUACACUCCCUACUAUGUCGCUCCUGAGGUUUUGGGCCCGGAAAAAUACGACAAGUCAUGUGACAUGUGGUCUUUGGGUGUCAUCAUGUACAUCCUGCUGUGUGGGUUCCCUCCGUUCUACUCUAACACAGGCCAGGCAAUCUCUCCAGGGAUGAAACGGAGGAUCAGGAUGGGCCAGUACGAGUUCCCCAAACCAGAGUGGGCUGAGGUGUCAGAGGAAGCCAAACAGUUGAUUAAUCAGCUUCUGAAGACAGAUCCCAACGAGAGAAUGACCAUCACACAGUUCAUGAACCACCCCUGGAUCAAUCGGUCCAUGGUGGUUCCCUCCACACCGCUCCACACCACGCGAGUCCUGACUGAGGACAGAGCUCUUUGGGACGACAUGAAGGAGGAGAUGACUAACGCUCUGGCGACGAUGCGUGUGGACUACGACCAGGUGAAGAUCAAAGACCUUCACACCUCCAGCAACCCACUCCUCAACAAGAGACGCAAGAAGGCCGCAGCCGGGGGCAAACUGGGAGGCACCGUCUGCAACAGCCAGUGACAGACUGAGGAGGGAGGGAAGCCACAACCAGAACAGCAGUGAAAGAAUGGAAGCACAGUGGAAGGAAAGUGGACACACCUGGAUCAGCUGAGGAAAAAGGCUAUGGGAAGUCUGGGCUGAAGUAAUUUAGCAGUGGGAGUGUUUUCAUAAUUAAACAGCCGAGGGAGAAGAGGGGAGGUCUAGAGGUGGGAGGGGGUACUUUUGGGGAAUAGCUGGGACAUGGGAUUUGAGGAUUAAGAAUAAUUCAAACUGAAGGACACAUGAAGUUAUGAAUAGGGUCACUUCUCCGAGAUCAGCAGGCCUUAACACUAUAACUUUUUUAUUGUGUUUUUGUAUGUCUUAUCUGUGUUCAUGUGUGUUUGUAAUGACUAUAAACUGUGAGGAUUGACUCCAUUUCAGGUUUUUACCCAUUAAUUACUAAGAACACUUUGGUCUAAAGUUCUGACAGAGUUAAGAAUUAUUUUUAAUGUGGAUGUAUGAUUGUAAAUGAUACUCUUUAAGCAAACCAUCAGCUGUCAAACCAUUAGACUUCAGCAGUGAAUUUCCACCAGAGACGUUUUACCAAAAACCCUUAGGGGUUGUCUCACUGGGUCCUGGCUUCAGUUGACCUAUUCUGAAGGGCCAGAGGCCUAUCCACUGAUACUUCUCAACUUUGGUCUUGUGUAGUUCAGAUAGAAGAGCAUGGUGCUUUCCAACGCCAGAAUAGUUGGUUCAAUUAAAGGGACCACCCGUACGUAAAACAUGGACACACACCAAUGGAAGCUAGUUUAAGUAAAAGCAAUAUGGCUAAAACUUAAUAUUAUUACACCUAACUUUUACAUAACAAUGGCUAACUGUGAACAUUGGUUAACACCUUUAAUGGUUAACACCUCACUAUUCUCUUUUAACUCACAGUUGUCUUGAUGAUGCAGAGGUUGUGGAUUCUGCUUUGGCCCAGUCCCUGAGGGAAACAAAGUUCUAGACAAACAACCCUCUAGCGAGGUUACUAUAAACACUGGUGACACACAUUGGUGUGGUAUAAUUCCCAGGUAGUAAUGCCAACAUUUUUAUCUGUGCUGUUUUCAUAACACACCCUGUGUUUUAGUGCUUAUUCUGGGAUUAAAACAGCUUUUGGAACUCUG